AGCAAAAUGAGUAAGAAGAGCAGUGUUCUCUUUUUGGCCGCCUUCAGUUUAUUCCUGAUCCUCUACCUGGCGGCCCAGCAGCCGCAAAUCCCUGCUCUGGUGCGACCUCCGCCGGGCUUCAACCUCACGGACCCUGAGUCGAUGCACUGGCUGUCCUGCCCUGAGCCUGGCCAGGGCAGGAAGAGCACCUUCGUCACGGCCGACAUUUACGGGAGGUUGGGAAACGUGGUUUGGUCCUACCUUUCGGUGGUUGCCGCGGCUCGAAGGUACAACCUGCGGCCGGUCAUCGACCAACAAAGCCUGGACACUUUGGAAAAAGAGGCUUUCGAUGCGAAUUUCCUGCGCGUGCCUUCCGUCGACUGGUUGGAGCGAACCUGCGCACUCGGAGGAUUACUGGAAAAUGCCAUCCAGUUUGAAAGUAAAUUAUUGACGUCCAAGGAACGCAUGAUUCGCUACCUGGAGGAAUGGCCUGACGCCGGAUUUGCUGUUUUGAAAUACGAUUUUUCUGCAACCGACUCCGAGUUGACGACUGCAUUUUGGGACGAAUUGCCGAACGAGCUGGUUUUGAAAGAAAAAUAUCGGAAAAAGGCUGCAAACCAGUUAAGGAUUCUUCAAAAAAGGUUCCAGGAGCAAACUGGGACGGAUGCGGCAGACGUAGAGUUUGUGGGGAUCCACGUGCGCCGCACGGACUACACAGAGCACUUGCCCCACAUUUUACCUGGCUCCACCGCGGCCGGUCCGGAAUUUUUCCACGCAGCAAUAAACUGGCUGAAAGAGAAAAUGCGGAAAAAGACCCUGAUUUUCGUCGCCGUGAGCGACGACCGUCAGUGGACGCAGGAAAACGUCAUAGGCAACAGAACCGACGUUUUCAUGGCAGGGAGCAGCGAUGUAGAGGAGCCUGGCGAGGAUUUGGCGAUUCUGGCUGCAUGCAACCACAGCAUCUUCGCGUACGGCACUUUCGGUUUGACGGCCGCCUCUCUGGCCAGCCGGCCAGGCGGCCACACGGUGCUGUUCGACCCGCAAAACGGCGGCGUCACCAAGGAAAUGGAGUUCGGCGCCAACCUGCCCGGCUGGCACAUCAUGGACCAGCACGGAAACCUCACUUACCAGAAUACGCCCAUCUCAUUUCACUUGUACCUGCACCCUCACAAAGAAAGAAAAUGGGGAACAUAAUAAAUAACUCGUGGUUGACGCAUGGCUAAAUUUUUACAAGAAUUGGUUUUAAUUUUUAGCUCAAAAUAUUUAAUUUAAAUAAAUAUUGUGCGGAAAUAAAUAGAUUUACGAAUAAUGACCAAAAUUUUACAACGUUUUAAAAUUGAAAUUUAAAAGAGUAUUAUUUUUAGCAGUAUUUGGUUCAGAAAAAGAUUUUUCAAAAUAAUAAAAAAACAGCGCGUAUUUGAUUAUUUUAAUUUAUAAUUGUUUCUCAUUUCCAUGUCAAAUAGGUUUAAUUUUUGCAUAUUUUUGUGCUACAUUUCUGCUCAUCAUGAAUUAUUGCUACA